AUGAUAGACGCGUCGGAAGAUGAAUACGAGGAGGGACUUCUCGAAGAGCUCUCGUCCAGUCCGAUGUUCGAAGGCUUCAGAGAUGAUGCGGACAGCGACGCGUUUCUCGAGUUCAUGGACUCAAAUUCAGAACAAGAACCCUCGGAUAUCCUGGAGUUUGAUCAACAAGUUGACGAAAACGCGUGGCAAGAUGAGGGCGAAGGGCUUGAUGUCCUACCUGAAUACACUCCGACAACGGAUAUCAUAGAUCUCACACAAGAAGACGAGGUUACAGAUCCAGAAGCUCUUGAAUUUGGGUCAGAGCCUGAAGAAGAAUUAGACGAGAAGACUAUACUGCUUCAAAAUAUACAGGAUCUAAUUCUUGCUACUGUCAAGCAAAUUGCAAACUGCGCUGAGGGCAAGCUUGACCGGAUCGUCAUCGAAUUAGCUGUCGACGAUCUAGCAGCAACCUUUGGAGUCGAGAGAAGCGCUUUGUUAGUGCGAGCAUCGAGCAAAGGAAUCUUUUGUGGAUCUGUCCUCUCCAUUCGGCUCGUCAACGGCACAGUUAUACAAGGGAAUGAUGACCAGGUUGGGGCAACUCUUACUCCCGCCGGGGAGGACGUUGAGGAACUUGUCGUUGAAGAAGAUAUAGGGUGGGUUCUAGUUGUGGAGAAAGAGGCCAUUUUCCAAACUCUCUGCCAAGCCGAGUUUACUCGCAUCAAUGCGCUUCGAAAACCGGGGAUCAUCUUGACGGGCAAGGGCUAUCCCGACAUCGCAUCACGACAAUUGCUCCACAAACUCAGCAGCGGACUUCCUGAAACGGUUCCUAUCUUUGCCUUGGUGGAUGCUGAUCCGCAUGGUAUUGAGAUCCUGUCGGUAUAUGCGUUUGGCAGCAUAAGCAUGCGCCAUCAAAACGACGGGUUGACAGCAGAGAGAGUGGUUUGGAUUGGAGUAAUGCUGACCGAACUAGAACGGCGCGGCGUCGCUGCGGGAGACAUGCUCGGGCUCAAUCAACGAGACAGGAAGAAGCUCGAGAGUUUACUCAGACGAGAGGACCGAGUGAUGCCGCAGCUUUGGAAGAACGAGCUCCGAUUCAUGCUCGAACGCGGCCAAAAGGCAGAGAUUGAAGCGGUCUACUCGGGUGGCUUGCAGGAUGGACGGCAGCCUUUGCUGAGCUAUGUCGAAGAAGAGAUGCAGUCAUAUUUUAUCGCUCAGAUGUAA